CGACGGCUCUUGGCCCAUGUCCUGUUUGCGACACACUUCCGGUCAGUGACGCACUUCCGCUCUGCUGGGCGCGCGGUGGAAGGUCUGAAACGGAGAGCUUGGAUUUCGCUGGGGCCUCGCGGCUCCAGAGCCCAGCAUGGCUUCCUCGCGAACCUCCUCCACGGCAACCAAAACUAAAACACCCGAUGACUUAGUUGCUCCGGUUGUGAAGAAACCACACAUCUAUUAUGGAAGUUUGGAAGAGAAGGAGAGGGAGCGUCUGGCCAAAGGAGAGUCUGGGAUUUUGGGGAAAGAAGGACUUAAAGCAGGGAUCGAAGCUGGAAAUAUUAAUAUAACCUCUGGAGAAGUGUUUGAAAUUGAAGAGCAUAUCAGUGAGCGACAGGCAGAAGUAUUGGCUGAGUUUGAGAGAAGGAAGCGAGCCCGGCAGAUCAAUGUUUCCACAGAUGACUCAGAGGUCAAGGCUUGCCUUAGAGCCUUGGGGGAACCCAUCACACUUUUUGGAGAGGGUCCUGCUGAAAGAAGAGAAAGGUUAAGAAAUAUCCUCUCAGUCGUCGGUACUGAUGCCUUGAAAAAGACCAAAAAGGAUGAUGAGAAGUCUAAGAAGUCCAAAGAAGAGUAUCAGCAGACCUGGUACCAUGAAGGACCAAAUAGCUUGAAGGUGGCAAGACUAUGGAUUGCUAAUUAUUCAUUGCCCAGGGCAAUGAAACGCUUGGAAGAGGCCCGACUCCAUAAGGAGAUUCCUGAGACAACAAGGACCUCCCAGAUGCAAGAGCUGCACAAGUCUCUCCGGUCUUUGAAUAAUUUUUGCAGUCAGAUUGGGGAUGAUCGGCCUAUCUCCUACUGUCACUUUAGUCCCAAUUCCAAGAUGCUGGCCACAGCUUGUUGACCAACCCUGGCUGAGAUGCUUUCCUUUGUAUUUGAUAGGAGUGGGCUUUGCAAGCUCUGGUCUGUUCCUGAUUGCAACCUCCUUCACACUCUUCGAGGGCAUAACACAAAUGUAGGAGCAAUUGUAUUCCAUCCCAAAUCUACUGUCUCCUUGGACCAAAAAGAUGUCAACCUGGCCUCUUGUGCGGCUGAUGGCUCUGUGAAGCUUUGGAGUCUCGACAGUGAUGAACCAGUGGCAGAUAUUGAAGGCCAUACAGUGCGUGUGGCCCGGGUAAUGUGGCAUCCAUCAGGACGUUUCCUGGGCACCACCUGCUAUGACCGUUCAUGGCGAUUAUGGGAUUUGGAGGCUCAAGAGGAGAUCCUGCAUCAGGAAGGCCACAGCAUGGGUGUGUAUGACAUUGCCUUCCAUCAAGAUGGCUCUUUGGCUGGCACUGGGGGACUGGAUGCAUUUGGUCGAGUUUGGGACCUACGCACAGGACGUUGUAUCAUGUUCUUAGAAGGCCACCUGAAAGAAAUCUAUGGAAUAAAUUUCUCCCCCAAUGGCUAUCAUAUUGCAACCGGCAGUGGUGACAACACCUGCAAAGUGUGGGACCUUCGACAGCGGCGUUGCGUCUACACCAUCCCUGCUCAUCAGAACUUAGUGACUGGUGUGAAGUUUGAGCCUAUCCAUGGGAACUUCUUGCUUACGGGUGCCUAUGAUAACACAGCCAAGAUCUGGACACACCCAGGCUGGUCCCCGCUGAAGACUCUGGCCGGCCAUGAAGGCAAAGUGAUGGGCCUAGAUAUUUCUUCCGAUGGGCAGCUCAUAGCCACUUGCUCGUAUGAUAGGACCUUCAAGCUCUGGAUGGCUGAAUAGAUGACAGUGGAGAAAGGACUUGAACCUCAAGCUCUUUCUAAGGAGCUGUUUUCCUCAAAAGAGAAGAAUUGAAGUGUUUAGUUCUAUCAUGUUUUCUGCCAAUUACCAUGCGUAGACCCUCACUAGAAUUGGAUUUCCAUGUCAGCCCCCACUCCAGGCAGGCGGCCCAAUCCCUAGGUAAUGGUGAACCCAUCUCAUGGUUGAAAAUUUAUUACCUUUUUAUGCCCUGCCAUGAACUGUGUAGACAUUGUUUUUAUUAAUCUUUUGUUUGGCCAGGCAUGGUGGUUCAUGCCUGUAAUCCUAGCACUUUGGGAGGCUGAGUUGGGCAGAUCACUGGAGCUCAGAAGUCCAAGACUAGCCUGAGCAACAUGGCAAAUGCCGUCUCUACAAAAAAAAUACUAAAAUUAGCCUGUUGCGGUGACUUGUGCCUGUGGUUCCGGCUACUUGGGAGGCUGAGGUAGGAGGGAUUGCUUAAGCCUGGUAGAUGGAGGUUGUAGUGAGCUGAGAUUGUGCCAUUGCACUCUAGCCUGUGUGACAGAGCAAGACCCUGUCUCCAAAAAAAAAAAAAAUAUUUUGUUCGAAUGCCCUAUAGCCAUCCUCACAGCGCCCAGGAUUGUGACUGACUGCAUUUUUAAUUAUUGAAACUUGGCUUUCCAUAACAUGGUCCAUGCUUCAGGACUACAUGUGACCCAGAGACCAAGGUGGCUGAACUAUAGUCGGGAAGCCCUCAGGUAAAGAGGCGCGUCUCACCACUUACUGGUUAAACAACGCGUAACAGCGAACACUUCCUUUCCCUGGAGAAUGGGAUGUGAAGCAGUGGACCGCAGCCACGCCGAUGGUUAUGCAGUGAAGACGACUUCACCUCUUCCUGUUGAGUUUGCUUGGAAUGCUGGCUGCAUCAGGAAACUCUGAACUGAACAUUUGCUUUGUCAGAAAAUCUCUUUUAUUUUACUUUGAAGUUUGGCAACCUUCAUGUUACCCUAAAGCAAAACCAUUGUGUCAGGAGUCAAACAAAUGUUUAGAAAGCAAACAUGACGCCUGUGUUGUACAACCUCCUUUCUGUUGGCUGUUUAAAGGAUGUACUUCAUAUAUUAAAGGGUACUUUAUGUUAAAGUAACUGGGAAAAAAAACCCUAAUGGGUAUUCCUAAACCUAAACUUUUUCUUUAUUCCACAUUUGCUACGGUAAAAUCCAGUUACAAAAACUAGGCUAUAGAGAAUUAUUUUCUAUAGUUAAGCAUUUCUGAAUCCUAGCCAUUGGUCCAUAGAGGUCUCCUUUUUUUUGGUUGGGGAUAUAAUGGAUGAUCUCAAAUAUGGAUUACUCUGAUUUAUGUCUCCUUAGCACCUUGUUAACAAUUUUUUUUAAAUAGAGGGCUGUUUACGCUGUGGGCCAGACUACCAGUAAGCCAGGCUGGACUCAUUACAAUUCUUACUUGCCUGUCAUGCUCCUCUUUUCACCUCAACUGUACAACCUCUGAACUCUCAAAUUACACAGUAAAUUAAAAAAAAAAAAAAUGGCAUUUGGAAGAAGGAAGGGUUGUCAGAGUUAUUAAAGGCCUUCUUGGCCGGACACAUUGGCUCACACAUGGAAUUGCUUGAACCUGGGAGGCAGAGGUUGCAGUGAGCCAAGAUCAUGUUGUACUCCAGCCUGGGCAACAGAGCAAGACUCCAUCUCAAAAAAAAAAAGCUUUUCAUUUGCUGCUGCGGAGAGGCUGGCGAUGGCUUUGGUCAGCUCUGUUCUGUGGACUCUGAAUGUGUGAUAUAUCGCCAAACAGCUGGAUUGUUUUGUUUCCGUUUGAGACUGGGUCUCGCUCUGUCGCCCAGGCUGGAGUGCAGUAAUGAGAACACAGCUCACCACAGCCUUGACUUCCUGUGCUCAAGUGAUUCUCCUGCCUCAUCCCCUCAUCCUCCUGUGUAACUGGGAUCACAGGAGGAUGCCACCAUGCCUGGCUGAUUUUUUUGAUUUUUUGAAGAGACACGAUUUGACUUUGUUGCCUAGGCCAGUCUCAAAUUUCUGGGCUCAUGCAAUCCUUCUGCCUUGGCCUCCCAAAAUGCUGGGAUUACAGGCAUGAGCCACUGUGCCUGACCUAAACAUACUGUUUUUAAUCUGAUUUCAAUUAUAACCAAGUAGUUGCAUUUCCUAUGUAGUUGUUCAGCUUCUGAAUUGUCAGGACUACCCUCUAUUGCUCACUUCACUCUUGUUCAAGUAUUAAUGAAUUCUAUUUCAUAGACUGCGAUGAAGAGAAAUUUUUUUCUUACCUUUGUAGUAUGUGUAAAAUAAUGAACGCUGGUGAAUUAGCAUGCAAUUGGAUAUAAUGUGCUAACAAAGAUUUUUCGUUUCUCA